AUGGAGCCGACUCCGCUGAAGCGUAUCGUAUCGCAGAUCCUGCACCAAUGGCUGCUGAUCGGGAUCGGAGUCGUUUGCGCCCUGGCAUACUGCUUCCCGAACGUCGCCAAGCAUGGCGGCGUGAUCCGCUCGGAGUACAGUAUCAUGUACGGAGUGAUUGCGAUCAUUUUCUUGAUUUCUGGUUUGAGUAUUCCGCGCCAGAAGCUGUUUUCACAGUUUUUGAAUUGGCGGCUCCACCUUGUGGUGCAGAUAAUUUCUUUUCUGUUUAUCCCGGCUUUGGUGCUGGCUGUCGUGCAUAUUAUCCUUGCUGGAGAUCCGAAGGGACAUAUUGAGCGUGCGGUUCUGGCGGGCUAUAUUUUUACGGCGUGCAUACCUACGACUAUUGCAUCUAAUGUCGUAAUGACGAGGGCAGCGGGGGGAGACGAUGCGGCAGCUUUGGUGGAGGUGCUUUUGGCAAAUGUUCUCGGUCCGUUCGUGACGGCUGCUUGGACGGUUGCGCUUUUACCGAAGGAGGCGGCGUUUGACCCGUGGCGGUACGGUGGUGGAAGCUUGGGGAACAUGUACAAAGAUGUCUUUCAGCAGUUGGGACUCGGUGUGCUUUUGCCGCUGUUUGUUGGACAGUUGGUAAGGUGGACUUGGCCUGAUCAUACUGCGGCGGUACUUUUGAAGACCAAGUUGCCGAAGCUGGGUACUGUUUGCAUGCUGCUGGUGAUAUGGUGCACAUUUUCUUCCUGCUUCGCGACAGGGGCUCUGCAAACUAUGUCUGCGCAAAGCGUGGUUUUUGUUGUCUUGUUCAACAUCGCAUUAUACAUUACCUUGACAGGGGUAUGCUUCGUGGGUGCAAGGCCCCCACGAGUCUUUGGCUCUCGGCCCUGGGCAAAGCCCAUUUUCAAGCGCAUGUCCCCCGAGGAAACCAUUGCUGUUUGUUUCUGUGGGCCGGCAAAAAGCACAGCACUUGGUAUUCCGCUGCUUUAUGCUAUGUGGCAGCCCUUGGAUCUCUUCACCAAGGCGAAGACCUCCGUGCCGGUGCUUCUUUACACCACGGAACAGAUCUGCGUAGCACACUUCUUUGUGCAGCUUUUCAAAAAAUGGCAUGCAAAGAUUGUCCAGAAAGAACACUCAGAGGAUAAUGUUGGGGAAGAUAUGGAGGUUGGGGUGGUGACUGGGGACGGGCACGACAAUGCAGCCGAACCUCGACCUCGACUGACUCCCGCUUGA